UCUCUCUCCCUCUCUCUCCCUCUUUGAACGAUUGACAUUUCAUUUAAAAUUGGCCGUGAGACGUAGCAUUAUUGAUAUUCUACGUUAUUGAUAGCCUGUCGAUAUUUACGCAGAGUCGCAACUUUGGAAUUCGUAUCGCUUGCUUGGAUCGUUGUCGAUUUGAUAGCCUUGUAGAAAGAUGUCUGAUUAUUGCAUUUGCUGUAAGCAGUUGUCCGAUGAUACGUGCAGAAAUGUAUUUGACGAAAAAUUGUUGAUUGAUUCACAAGAAAAAGACAUACAUGAGGAAUCCGACGGACAUGUGACACUGAGGAAUGCUAUCGAAGUAAUUACUGGCUAUACAAUAUCAGAGAUAGGUAAUACAAUUUUGUGCGAAACGUGUUUUCAUAAAGUGGAAUCUUAUAUAAAAUUUCGUUCCCAACUUGUUGCUUCGUUUGGAAGAUUAAAUAACACCCAAAUAGUGGAUCUCGAUUCGUUAAGUUCCGAAAAUGCAGAGAUUACGAACACUUGGCUACUCUCUAAAGCAUCUAACACAGGAUCAGAUGUGUCCAAGGAGAUAAUGAACGUUAACGAAAACAAUGUUUCCUACGUUUCAAACUACAGCAAUCUAUCGAGUAGUGAGGCUGAGAAUGAUUCUUCGUGUACCAAUCUACAACUAAAUUUCCAUCGUUAUGUUGAUAAUGCCUCUGAUUACGGCAGUGAUAUUGAUGAUAAUUUGAAUGUUGAUACAUCUCGUUCGAGGAUUCAGAAGAGCGAUAUAGAAUCAGACGUGAAUGUAUGUUCCGGCGAAGACGAUCAAGUAUUAGAGUUAUCUGUUGAAUAUAAACAUAAUGAAACUGUCAAUGUCAGUUCGACAGAAUCAGAGGAAGAUUACGAUUAUGGACCGACUUUUAAAAAAAUUAAGUUUUCAAGUCGACGUUCAUCUCCACUAAUAUUGUCUUAGGUAUAAUAAUUUAUGAAGAUGUACACUCGCGGUCUCUUUAAUGCCUGGACACCGAAACGUGGACGCGUUUCGGAACACAUUCGAAAGCGUGCACGUUUCUAACUGUUUCGAAUUACUUGAGUAAUGACAUAUAACGUCGUUAUUUUUAUAUCACUACGUAUCACUAUUUUAUUCAGAGUGCUGUAUUUAUUUUUUGUAUUUUGUAAUAUUCCGUAUUAAAAUACUAACUUUGUAUGUUCUCCUCCCAGCCAAGUUUUGUAUAUAGAUUCUACACCACUUUACUUUCUUCGAGUUUGCUCAGCGGAAGUUUACGAUACUUUCUAUCGACACAUGUUUAGUAAGUGUGAGAUACCUAAAAAUUAAUCGGCAAUCAAAAUAUAUGUAAAAAAUAUAUAUCGAACAAUGUAUCUGCUA